AUGACAUGCGAGAUGCGAACGAAGACAGGAGCCCUCUGGGUUUGGAAAAUUAGGGUCGAGAGAGUCAAAUGGCUGGUCGAGAAGACAGGACCUCGAUUUGGAGGCUCGGCUAUAAAUGAUGCGGAGGACGCGGCUGAGGCCAGCGAUCGAUAUCGUCGCGCAGCAGACCUCGGUGUGCAAUUGACCGCAGUGCCAUUACAGCGCACUGCUGUGGAGCAUCCAAGCGACGAGCACGGAUACUUAGUCGUCCCGGGACCGCCCACCAUCGCGCUCUGUCACUAA